UUGUGUUAUAUUCAGGGCUUUGGACUGAAUCCAGAGAACGCAACUAAGGCGGUUGAGGUAAAGAAUAAAGGCAAAACAGCACAACUGACUCAUGGCUCUGUUGUUAUUGCUGCAAUUACAUCUUGUACCAACACAAGUAACCCGAGCGUGAUGUUAGCUGCCGGUCUUGUUGCCAAGAAGGCCGUAGAACUUGGGCUGACUUCUCAGCCGUAUACAAAGACUUCUCUUUCUCCUGGAUCUGGAGUUGUGACGAAGUAUCUUGAAGCUUCUGGUCUUCUUCCAUACCUUCAACAACUUGGGUUUCACAUUGUCGGUUAUGGUUGUAUGACAUGCAUUGGAAAUUCUGGUCCUCUUGACGACGAGAUUGCUAAAGCUAUCGAAGAGGUAUGCCUGAUUCUCCACUCGAAAUUUUUACUGUCACGGCUCUUCCAUUCACGCAGCAUUUAA